CGGCGUGACGUCCAAAGGCUGCGACUCCCCCCGGCGGCGGCGGCGGCGGCAGCGGCAGGCGUGAGCACCCUGCGGGAUGCCCAAGAAGUUCCAAGGGGAGAACACCAAGUCAGCCGCUGCCCGGGCAAGGAAGGCCGAGGCCAAGGCGGCGGCUGAUGCCAAGCGGCAGAAAGAGCUGGAGGAUGCCUUCUGGAAGGACGAGGACAAGCACGUCAUGCGCAAGGAGCAGAGAAAGGAGGAGCGGGAGAAGCGCCGCCUGGAGCAGCUGGAGCGGAAGAAGGAGCUGCAGCGGCUGCUGGAGGAGGAGGAUGCCAGGAUGAAGGGCAAGGCCCCCAAGCCCCCCGGCCCCACCAAGAUCACCCGGGCCCAGAUCGAUGAGGCUCUCCGGAAGGAGCUGAAGGAGAGCACGGACGCUGCCGGCAGUGAGAAGCCGAAGAGCCACCUGGAGGUGCCCUUGGAGGAGAACCUGAACCGGCGGGUGCUGGAAGAGGGCUCGGUGGAAGCCCGCACCAUUGAAGAGGCCAUCGCGGUGCUCAGCGUGGCCGAUGACCCAGACCGGCACCCGGAGCGCCGGAUGAAGGCAGCCUUCUCAGCCUUCGAAGAGGAGACGCUGCCCCGCCUGAAGCAGGAGAACCCCAACAUGCGCCUGUCCCAGCUGAAGCAGCUCCUGAAGAAGGAGUGGAUGAAGUCCCCCGAGAACCCCAUGAACCAGCGGCACGCGACCUACAACAGCCAGAAAUGAGACCGAGGGGGGAGCUGCUCCCCUGCCCCCUCCAGGCCCUUCCUCCCCCCCCCCGGUCAUUUCCCUCUGCUCUCCCCCCACUUGCUCUGGAGGGCUAUUAGGGCCCCCUGGGAAUGGGGCAGGGAGGGCCCCGAGAGACCGGAGCCCACUCACCCCCUACACCCCAACCCCAUUUCCCGGCUGCCUUCCUGAGCUGGUGGGGAGGGGAGCCCGAAUUCAUCCCAGAAGGGUCCCCACAUUCUUCCUUGUACCGCCUCCACCCCUGAAAUGGGCAGCUCUGCUCCCUCCCCCGCCCUGCCCCGAUAUCUAGCCCAGCGCAGGGAGGCUGGGUGAGUUGCAGCUCCGCCCCCUCUGUUCUGCCCUUUCCUGAAGACCCCCAACUCAGGAGGCCCCCUUGACUGCUUCAGCAGCUCCCAGCCCCCCACUUGAGGUGCAGACUUGUCCCCCCUUUCUGCAAAUGGGGUCAGGAUUCUGGCCUGGGCCCCUCUUGCCUUCCCCACCCCAGAGGGGUCGAAGCUGGUCCUCCUUCACUCUCUCCCAAGACCCCCAGUGCUUCGGUUCUCUUUGGGGACCCAGAGGGCCCGCCUUCUGCCCCUUUCUCCCCCAAAGGGCGCCUCACCCCGUGGCGGAGGGGAGGCAGAAGACCCCUGCCUCUUCUGCUGACUUGGGAACCCCCAAGUAUCCCCCUCCCUGGGGUUUGGCCUGCCUUGGUCUCUGUGCCUGCCCCUCAAUUACUCCAGAAAUGGAGGCCCUCUGAGGCUGCCCAGGGAUGGGCCGCUCUGGUCACUGGGUCUUGCCUCCCCCCCCCAGAAGGGCAAAACCUGCCCCAAAGAGAGUGGGGGGGGGGAUUCCCCAGGGGGCCCUGCUGCUGCCCUGCUGGGUCGGUGCCAGUUUUUGAUCUCUAGCUGUGGGCCUGCAGUGCCCCCUCCCCCUCCCUCCCUCUUCCUCAGUUGGGCUUUGCACUCCAGCCCUUCUCCCACCUCUGGCUGCUCCCCCCCAACUGUCAGAGUGCCGUUUGCCUGACUUGAACCCUGAGCCAGCUGGAGCCUUUUGGGCCAGAGCUGGGCUGGGAGGAGCAGCUGGGGUGGGGAGCCACUGCCUCACUCCAUGCCAGGCAGCCCCCAACCCUGGCUGGCCUUUGCUGUCCCACCAUCCGAACAGGCCCCGCCCAUGUGUACACACACACACACACACACACACACACACUCACUCACUCUCCCCUCUCUCCAUGAAGGGUCUGGCCAGUCUUGGCAUCACCGGGCAUGUCCUGUGCCAGCAGAGCAGUUCUUCUCCCUCUUGGGCCUUCAAAAGACCACCUGCAGGGAACGGGGGGGCUGUGCUGGCUGGCCCCUCCUACUUUGCCGCUUCUUACGUGUUCAGGGAAAGUUCUGGACUUUUAAACAUGGACUGAUACCUCAACCCCACGACAAAAUAAAGAGAAUUGUGCCCGCUC